AUGGAGGAUAAGAAAAAAACACCAAAAGUGAAGCUGUCUCGGGCCAAACGCCCAAGUUCCGGGGCGGCGGUCCAAAGUGGUUCCGCCCAGCCAGUGAGGCCCGCAGUUGGGAGGCAGGCGUGGGAUCGGGCACGAAUGGAGUCGCGCGUCACCGUCUCGCACCAAUUGAGCCCGUUCGCCUGGCGAUCGGAUGGGCCCUCGCUGCACAGGGACUCGGUGGGUCUAUCAACUGCCGCAGCAGCAGGAUGCACGGUGAUGGAAACGAGCAUGACUGACCUGGACUGGCGCAGAGGUUGCGACAAAGCGAGUACUGCUACGAAGAUGGACAACUGGCCUUGUCCUGGGCCGUUGGCGAGCGCCCGCCGGCAAAACAGUAUCAUUCAUUCGCCGUCAUUUACGUUCCUCGUCGGGCCAAAGCAUACCAAGUUAACGAUCCAGUCGGGACUCGCCCAGCAUGUCUCGAAGCCGCUGCAUAACCUCAUGAACAACGGGCACACCCGGGAAUCGAAGCAUCGAAUCGCUGUUCUCGAGGACGAAGAUGUCGAGACCUUCGUCGCCUUCUGCGAGUAUGCGUAUACCGGUGACUAUAACGUGCCCCAGCGGCCUGUGCUCCGGGAUGAGCGCGAGCGCCGGGCAGGCGUGGUAGAGAGCGCGCCGAGUUCGGGUACUUCCUGGCGAGGGACGUAUCGUUCAGAUUCGAUCUCGUCUGCUGUGCCACCGCCGGCUCCGUCGCCCCCGCCUGAGAGGAGUGAGACUGAUAGUCAGACCGCCAGGCCGGAGCCAACGCCAAUUGAGGAAGUGUCUGCUGAGGCGGAGGCGGAGGCGGAGGCGGAGGCGGAGGCGGAGACUGGACCUGAACCGGAAGUAGAAACACAAGCAGAAGCAGACGCAGAACCCGAGGUCCAGGAACCGGCACAAACAGAUGAAAGGCGCGUGCCGGAGGGAGCGCACGAGGAUAUUGACGCUGCUGAGCGGCCAGAUACACCAGUCUGGCCUCAGCAUCAGGAUCUCGAAGCAGGCUCAGCAGAAGCCAACGAAGCGGUUGACGAUGAAGCGGAACCAGCCGAAACAGCUGAUGACUGGUCACCCCGGGGAGUCACUUCCAGAUCCAAGAAGAACAAAAAGAAGGAGAAGAAGAAAAGAAGACAAGGGCAACAGCUGCAGCUUGAGGAGGAAUCCCAGCCUCCGGCAAGCCUGACGCCGCCAUCAACGCCCCCUCCACAGACCCUGGAGGUGCAACCCGAUCCCGCAUCGGAGGAAACCACAGAGGAGCCUGCAGCCUCGCGAUUGCCCUCGCCCGAACCGCUGUCCUCGCCCUCGGCAGCCCCCGAAGAAAGCAGCUCAGGAUGGUCCCAACCAGCCGAACACCACGCCUCAGAAUUCACUGGCCCCUCCUCGGCCUCGCCAAUCAUCGACAUGUCCUUCGCCAAACAACAGUCCGACUCCACACCUCGCACACCAGGCCUCAGCCUGUGGGACGAUUUCACCGCGCUCCAAUACAACGAUGACCCAUCCGCCACAGCCAAACCCACCCCGAACAAUCCCUCCCAGCCCGAGCUCCCGUACCUCACCUUCCACGCCAAAGUAUACGUCUUCGCCACGCGGUACCUCAUCCCGGCCCUGGCACAGCUCUGCCUGCGCAAGUUGCAUAGGGACCUGGUGUACCUCCCGCUGGGCGACAGCUCCGCCGAUCCGCACGACUCUCCUGGAACUCCGGCGCCCACGGGCCCGGGAUCAGCCGCGCUGGCCAUGGUUCUCGACGUGCUGCGCUACACAUACACCAAGACCACACGCCUCGAGCCGAUCAACCCGACGUCCGCGACGCAGCUUCGUGAAAACGAGCUGCGGCGGCUGGUGGUGCACUAUGCGGCAUGCCGGCUGAAGGAAUUGGCGCAGUAUCAUGUCGCCGGUGACAGUGGGAGUGCCACGCCGGCCGUGAGGCCGGUAGAUGCCAGUGCGAGGGACCGGGUGGAGAGGACGGCCAGUCUGCGGGCACUGUUGGACAAGACACCCGAGUUGGCGAGUGAUCUUGUUUAUCGCAUGAUGUAA